CUCAUCCUGACGCUUUACGUCACGCGUCCUUCGAGAGACGCACACGGUGUCUGUUUCAGUGAUGGCUGCGCCACCCGAUGCAGAGAGUUUGGAAUCUUGUAUCAACAGAGCAACAAACCCCCUCAACAGAGACACGGACUGGAGCAGCAUCCACGCCUUCUGUGACCAGCUCAACAAUGAUUUGGAGGGACCUCAGUUGGCCACCAGGCUCCUGGCCCACAAGAUCCAGUCUCCACAGGAAUGGGAAGCCAUGCAGGCGCUGCUGGUUCUGGAAACAUGUAUGAAAAACUGCGGAAAAAGAUUCCACAGUGAAGUGGGGAAGUUCCGUUUUCUCAAUGAACUCAUUAAAGUAGUUUCUCCAAAGUACCUGGGAUCACGGUCCCCAGAACCAGUAAAGAAGAAGGUUUUGGAGUUGAUCUAUAGCUGGACAUUGGGGUUACCCAAUGAAGUCAAGAUUUCAGAUGCCUACCAGAUGCUGAAGAAACAAGGUAUUAUUAAACAGGACCCUGAUCUUCCUCCUGACAAACUGUUGAACCCUCCUCCACCUAGACCCAAAAAUGCUAUUUUUGAGGAUGAGGAGAAGUCAAAAAUGUUGUCUCGACUGCUGAAUAGCACGCACCCCGAGGACCUAAAAGCUGCCAACAAACUUAUUAAAGAAAUGGUGCAAGAGGAUCAGAAGCGUGCAGAGAAGGUGUCCAAGAGGGUGAACGCCAUUCAGGAGGUGAAGGAGAGCGUCACUCUGCUGACUCAACUCCUGCAGGACUACGAUAGCAACACUGACACACAGAGCAACUCUGAGCUUUUGCAGGACCUUUACCAGCGCUGUGAGAAAAUGAGACCAACACUGUUCAGACUGGCCAGUGAUACAGAGGACAAUGACGAGGCUCUGGCGGAAAUCCUUCAGGCCAAUGACAGCCUGACCCACGUCAUCAACCUGUACAAGCAGCAGGUGAAGGGAGAGAUUGUGAACGGCAACAAUACUUCAAACAUGCAGAAACUAACAGCAGGAGGAACAGCGCUGCUGGAUCUGUCAGGAUUGGACACGUCACCACAGUCACUUUCCUCCUUUCCAGAGAUUUCCACUCCAACAGACAGUCUGAAUGCUCCAUCUCAGGAGACCGGCAUCAGUCUCCUGGAUGAUGAGCUCAUGUCACUAGGUUUAAGUGAAGGGACCCACGUCUCAAACCCAUCAUCACAGCCUGAGGACUCCACAGCGUGGGACUCCUUCCAGUCGUCUGACAGUAUAGAUGCUGAAGUCCCAGGAGCACUGGGUCAGCUCCUUAGUCCAGACCCAUCGUCCCAGUCUCAGCCCCCCUCGUCUGGCUCCACUCCUGGGAACUCCGCUCUCGAUGAGCUGGACCUGCUGGGAAAGAAGCUGCUGCAGCAGUCACUGCCUCCAGAGGGCCUGCAGGUCAAAUGGGACAAGCAGCAGAUCAAACCAACUCUGCGAGAUCUCCAGAGCAAGUGUGGAUCCAACAUCACUCCAAGUCCAAUCCCAACAUUCACUGCUGAACAUCCCACGCCGCUCCUCAACUCCCAGGCCAGCCACGGCGCGACCCUGCUGGAUACACCUUCCCCUCAAACUGAGACUCCAUCAGCAGACAUCACGCUGACUGAUGUUUUUGUUCCGCUAGAAUCCAUCAAUCCAAGUAGUCUGUUACCAGUGACCGUGUUUGAUGGACACAGUCUGCGAGUUCUCUUUCACUUUGCUCGUGAUUCACCGGCGUUUCGUCCCGAUGUGCUGGUGGUGAUUAUCUCCAUGCUGUCCUCUGCCCCCGUCCCUGUGACCAACAUAAACUUCCAGAUCACUGCUCCAAAGUCUAUGUCAGUGAAGCUGCAGCCUCCAUCAGGGAUGGAGCUCCCAGCCUUCAACCCCGUUCUCCCGCCUGCUGCCAUCACACAGAUUCUGCUGCUGGCGAACCCAAACAAGGAGAAAGUGCAGCUGCAGUACAGACUAACCUUCACCAUGGGAGAGCAGGAGCACACUGAGAGCGGCGCUCUAGAACAGUUUCCUCCUGCCGAGACGUGGGGGAGCCUAUAGCAUUUAAACCCAGCCUGACAGACUUUACACUUUCUUAUUCAGACUGUCCAAACUCCACCUGCGUACACGUCUAUUCCCUUUCAAAUCACAGCGUACGUUCUGACUGGUACUGAUUUUUCUUUAGGUUAUGCUCAGUGUGAACGUGUGUCUGCUUUGUUAUUGAUUUGUCACGUGUCUAGGGUUAGUCUGCUCAAUGUGGCUGCUUUAAAAAAAAAAUCUUGCUCAAAUCAGCUUCCCCAGUGACACUCGUCUUGUUUUUACUCUGAUAAAGUUAUGAAGAGGGAAACUGAUUGUGGGGAUAUUUCCUGUUUUGGUGUGUUUGAUUUAUUCACCGGGGGCACAAAGUUGGUUCUCUGAAGAGUUCAAAAUUACGCGGUGGUCAGUAGGGGACACAACAAGAAAACAUUAUCAGAUACAACAAAAAAUGAGCUGCAACUCCACAGUUGCACUUAAAAAAAAAAAACAUUUUGUAAAUUGAAAGAACACUUGCAAACGGAGAAUACAAACAUAACCUGGAGCACAUGCAAUUUAAUUUGAUAUUGUGUCUGCUGCACAUUUAGACAAAUGCAGAAAUGCUUUGCAAAGUCACACAACGGAAGUACUCUCAACACAAACAUGUAUGUUUCUGCCCGGAGGACUCAACUUCUACUCUCUUCACUGCAUUUCAGAUUAGGGCUGCCAUGAUUAGUUGACUAGUCACAAUUACGUCGACUGUUAAAAUCGUCAGCACCUAAUUUAAUAAUCAGUGUCUUUUUUUUUUUUUUUAGCUUUGUUUUUCUCUCAAAACUGCCACUGUAUCUUCCGCUACCUUUCUGUCCUCAGUAGUGGUAACCCGGGUUAGCCGUAAUGUCACCAGAAAGUUAUGCCCGAAUAUCAUGGCUAGCCAGCAAUGGAGCUCAAACGUUUUGGAGUAUUUUAACCACAUCAAACAGAGGAACACGCAAUGCAAAAUUUACAAGGCAGAACUUGCCGUCCAUGGCACUACAACGGCAAUGCAGGAGCAUCCGAGAAGGAAACGCUUGGCUGAUUUUAACAAAGUGACAGUUGUUUUGGUAAGCUAAUUGGCUAGUUAGCCACUAACAUUAAGAUCUAUAGUGAGCUACUUACUCAGCUGUUAAAGUUAACAUUAAUGAUGAUUUCAUUCACCUUAGCACCCAUAUGUUUUGUGUUUACUGCAAAGUUGUAAUAUUGAGGUCGUGUUUGAAUAGGAAAUGUGAUAACGCUAAUGUUUUAUAACACUACGUUAGUGCUAAAAAUUAUGUGCCUUUUCAAUGGGCGACUUUCUUGCCAAAUAAAAGUUGAAUCUUAAUUGUCUUUAUUUUUAGCACAUACCUUAAAUACUUCAAGCUUAAAGCUAAUGAUGGCUAUAUAAGAGCAGCUGCAUAAUGGUGCAUUAAGCCGCAAUUCAUGUAUGAUUCUAUUAGUGGACAAAAACAAAAAUAAUCAGCGACUAGUUGAUUAGCAAAAUAACCGUUUAUGGCAGCCCGAUUGCAGAUAAAAUAAAAGGUGGCGGUACAGCAUGUAUAACAGUAAAAUCAUGAAUAAAUAAUCUUACUUGGUUAUGCUAACCGGGUAGAGAUAACUUUAGUGGUGCUCCAUGCAGAAACUGCAGUUUGUGUUGUUACUGUUUCUAUUGUCGUGAAGUUUUGCAAAGUGUAUUUGUGGUGUGAAUUUGCAGCAUGUUACUCAAAUAAAUUGCUGCAGGUUAUGUUUGUAUUAUUUGUGAGUACAACUUUUUUUCCUGAGUAUGUAUGUAUAAGUGUGUUCUGCUUUUGCUGGUGUUGUCUAAUGUGGCCUCUAUCGACCACUGUAAAAAAUUAGCAUCAGUUGUUUCAACAUGACAAGCUAGUGGCCACCUAAACACAUGGUUAUGUCUUAGUUUUUUGGGAGGGAGGGCUAAAGAUGUAUGAAGUCAAGUUUAUUUUGACAUAUUAUCACAGAGCACCUUUGUUUUGAUUUGCACAGAGAAUCUGACCAGUUUUCCCCACCUUUCCCUCACUUAAUGUAAUAUCAGUUGUGUAUUAUUUGCCAUAUGUGCCUAUUUUGCAAUUCUAAUAUCGUUAAUCGUGAUAAAAGGUUUUCAUCUGUUACAUCUGUCACAUUAGGUCUGCUCUUUGUAAUUUCUGUGAAUCACAUCAAGUAGACUCUUCUUACAAUUCUUAGUAUGAACAUUACAUUUUUCUGUGCUUUUAGUUACUUUUUUUUUUUUUUUUUUGAGAAAAGUGACUAUCAAAGACUUAAGUAUAUGCAAACAGCUGCACCAAGGUGCUGUGAGCAGUGUCCAUCUCAAAACUAGUUUUUGUGGUCUGCAAUGCAUGUCAGCAACA